AUGUUGAGGAGCUCGUGUAGGCUUUCAAGGUCCUCUUUAAGAAGAAAUUUUACAACCGCAGGUUUUUUGCGUCAGCAAAACUCUGACAUCGACAGAAUUAUAUUAAAUCCAAUCAAACUGGCUCAAGGGAACAAGAACAAUGAUGGCCAAGCUUCUAAACUCAAUAGUAACAGCGCAGAUAUACUAUCGAUGGAAAUUCCAAUAGAUAUGAUGCAGUCAGCAGGACGAAUCAACAGGAGGGAGCUUCUAUCCGAGGCAGAGAUUGCUAGGGGUAGUGUGGAAAACGCUCAAAUGAGAUUCAAUUCAGGGAAAUCAAUAAUCGUAAACAAGAACAACCCUGCUGAAUCAUUCAAGAGGUUAAACAGAGUUAUGUUUGAAAAUAACAUUCCUGGAGAUAAGAAAAGUCAACGAUUUUACAUGAAACCAGGAAAAGUGGCUGAGUUGAAGAAGUCUCAAAGACAUAGAAAAGAGUUCAUGAUGGGGUUCAAAAGAUUAAUUGAUAUUGUGAAAGACGCCAAGAGGAAAGGAUACUGA